AUGGCAGUCAACUCGUACAUCUGGCAAAUGAUUGUCUUAGCGCUGGUGUGUUUGGCCUGCACAUUCACAUCGGCCCAGCCGGUGGGGGUGCUUGGCUUGGAGGCUUUUAAUGACAACCCGUGAGUGCUUAUGAUUUUAGGCUUAUUAAGGGGUAAAAAUAUUAAAAUUGAUAAAAAUAAAAAUUCAAAAAUUUUAAAAAUGUUUGUUUUUUUCGGGCUGGUUAUGAUAAGGUAGGAUAUCGUAGGGUAGGGUAAGGUAAAAAAAUCAUUAUUGAGUCUAACCUUGUACUUUUAGUUUUGAACAAGUGCAAAUGCGCGAGCGAAAAUCCAACAACCUGCGCAACCUGAUGCGCAUCGGCCGACGCUCCGAAGCACCAGUAGUACCGGGCUUUGAGAUGCGACAGUCGCCGCUGGACUACGCCCAAUUCUUCCGACCAAACGCUGCAAUUUUCUGA